AUGCUGUUAUCACAACACGACAUCAAGCCCAAGAGAAGAGAGUCCAAGCAGAACCGUCCCGAGAUCGCCCUGCCUUCUGACCUACAGGAUCCCCCAAAGGAAAUCCCUUUAAGGUCCUUGCAAGAUUGUUACAAGACGGUCAGCAGCCUAGGAAGUGGCAGUUUCGGGUCUGUGGUUCUAGCCAAGAUCAAAGAUGAAUAUGUUAGUAAGCUGGCUUUGGACUUGACAAACCCAGUCCACAAGAAUACUCUUAGAUAUGUUAACCCCUCGGUUCCUUGUAACAAGUCGUAUUCAGGUCUUCAUGUCGUUGCCAUAAAAACAAUGACAAAGAGGCUGACUCAUCUAAGAGAUUACACAAAGGUUAAAGAGGUUCGAUUCAUUCUAUCGGUACCAUCUCAUCCAAACUUAGUUCAGAUAUACGACCUAUUGAUUGACUCAACCACUUUUCAACUACAAAUCGUCAUGGAGUCGAUGGAUCAAAACUUGUACCAAUUGAUGAGAGCAAGAAAAAGCUCACUUUUCUCCCCGAACACGCUUCGAAGUAUCUUAGUGCAACUCCUGGCGGGUAUCAGUCACAUUCACAAACAUAAUUUCUUCCAUAGAGAUGUCAAACCGGAGAACAUCUUGGUUGUUUCUAACACUGCCUAUUAUGGCUCCAAAGAGAGCAUCCCUCCGUCAAGAAGAAAGGAUGCUUAUAUCAUUAAACUGGCUGACUAUGGCCUUGCGCGUCAUGUGGAUAACGUAAAACCGUACACUGCCUAUGUAUCCACAAGAUGGUACCGCUCUCCAGAAAUACUUCUUAGACAAAAGUUUUACUCCUGUCCUGUUGACAUGUGGGCGUUUGCUACGGUUGCCGUCGAAGUAACCAGUUUUCGACCAUUAUUUCCCGGAUCAAAUGAAUUGGAUCAAUUGUGGAAAAUAUUGGAAGUCUUGGGUUCUCCAGAGCCAAGUUCUAAUGCUUACUCUGCAGAAUUUGAGCCUGAUUCGUUUGCAAGUUCAGCUGUCCCACUGGGUGGAUAUUGGCCCAAAGCUCAAUCUCUGGCAGGUGAUUUAGGCUUUAGUUUACCAGAGGUAGCCGGUAUCAGUAUGUAUCAACUGAUUCCAAGGACUGACUUACCUACUAAUGACCUUCUUGACCUGCUCAAGGUUGUCAAAGCGUGUCUUGUUUGGGACCCAGAGAAAAGGGCUUCAGCCACUGACUUGCAGCAAAUGAGCUACUUCCGAAACCAUGUGCCUCAAUAUCACUUUUCUGAUAGAACUUCCAACGAAUUUGUGUCACAUGCACCUUUAGCUACAAGAAAUCACCAUUCGAUUCACAACACUGGGUGGUCCAAAACAACUAAUGGAGAAAAUCGCUUUGUCAAUGUCCAAACUGCCCCGCUGUACAAUAAUAACGACGAGAAUAUGGAAUACAGUAAACCGUCAUACCUUCAAAGUAAGAAACGAAGGCAGGAUGAAAUGGUAAAUCCCAAGAAUAUUGAGAAUCCCGUGUAUGAUGUGGAUGAACAAUCCAUACGCAAAUUCAAAGAGGAUCAGUACCAGAUUGAUCAUAUCUCUCAAAUAACUGACAAAGAUCAGAUGAGUGAAGAUGAUAAUGAAGAUCUAUUUGUGGAGUUUGACCCUCAGGACGUAAGGGACUUCACUGAUUUCAGUGAAUUCAAGAAAGAUCUCAAUCCAUCCUCAAUUGAAGAAGGGGUCAACUAUCAAACACAACAUGGAAAGUAUAAAUCACAGUUACAGGAUGAUAUUAUGACUGGCAUUAGCAAAGAUGACUGGAAUACCAACGAGUAUUUAAACUACGUUGGAAGCUCGAAGUAUCAAAGUGACUCCAGUUUAUCAAUGAUGAAACUACUACAAAAUUGUGUUGAUUUCGAUAUGCUACAACAUGAUCAAAAUACAAGUACCCUUUCUGACUCAGAAAUUCAAAAGUUACACCCAGAAGGCAAUGAUAUCUUAACUGGAUCUCCUAUUAACAUCAAACCAGUGGAGGAAGAACAACAGGAAUAUACCUGGAACAGUGAACGCACAAACCAAUUUCACAGCAGCACCCCAUUGAGACCCCAUGCACAAGUACAAGGGAAUGCCAAUAUUCUCGUUCAAGAUCCCUCAUUAUCACCAAAAUUAACAGCUAUCUAG